AUGGUCAAGCCGCAGCCAAAAAUCAGGCGCAGUGCUCUUCCCGAUGAUGGAGACGAUAAUCAGCCGUUUGAAGAUGAAGGAUUAUCUUUAGACUCCAUGGGCACUCCAGUUAUCCGUGACUCCUACUUCGAGCCGGACUUCAUUAUCGUUCAUGUGGGUGAUAACCGAGAUGUUCCAUUGGUGUGUAUCGAGGUAAAGAAGGAGGGAGGGACAUAUCAAUCGGCGGGCACCCAGUUGCAUGAAUACAUCGAGGUUUUGGCUGCGAAGGAUCCCCAUGAUGAAUUCGUGGCCAUCCUUGUGCUUGAUGGGAAAUUCUAUUGUUACAGUAUUCAUGGGAGGCGGGCACCGACUCCAGGUGGAGACGGUUGGGAGACAGCGGACAAUUUAGAAGGAGUUUUUGAAAAAGUAGCCAAAGGUGUGUUAGGAGGGAAAGGGAAACGCCGUUGA